AUGAUGAGUGUGGAACCCAGCACUUAUCACCUCUCUCUCUCCUCCCUCCUCCUUACUAAUCCAUGCACCCUCUCAGUCCCUCCUUUGCAGACCUCCCAGCUGCCCUGUCCCCAGGAAGGAAGGGCUCCAAUGCUCGCUUUUACGCCCUCCACGACGCCAAUGGCUCUUUCCUCUCCUCCUCCUCGCCAGCCUUCCCCAGCGCCACCCGCCACCCCACCUUCGAGCUGCACAUUGCAGAUGAUUCCCUUCUCUCCUUACUUGACUUUCCCUCUCCAUGCCUCCCCUUUCCCCUCUGCUCCUCUCUCCCAUUCUACCCUCCAGCCCAACCGCCCUGUCCCCAGGGGAGGCUCCAAUGCUCGCUUCUACGCCCUCCACGACGCCGAUGGCUCUUUCCUCUCCUCCUCCUCUCCAGCCUUCCCCAGCGCCGCCCGCCCAGCCUACCUCCCCAUGCCGGGGAAAGGGGGGUCGAACCCCGAACCGCAUGUACCAGCGCUGCACAUACCGCAACAAGCAACCGACCCUGGCGCUCAGCUUCGGCCGAGCCUACGCAAAGUACAGAGGAGUGAGCAUCGUGCUGGGGAGGAUGAGAAGCCGAACGUGCCCUCCUGUGAAGUGAGUGGUGCCGGUUAG